AUGACCAUUCCAGUGGGUCGCACUCUGUACAAGAAGAAAGAUGGCAUCCUCACCUUGACCCCGGACCAGCAGACGGUCACAUGGACGCCUAACUCAAGCGGACUACAGACACUCUCACUGCCGGUCUCUUCCAUUUCAAACCUACAACAGACACCCGAGACGUCGGCCAAGGUCAUGCUCAAGAUACUGGAAAAGUCGCCCAAUGGCGAGCCCAUAUCCCAUCUAUUCCACUUCAACACACCAGAGGCUAAGAUUGAGGCCUCGGCUGUCAGGGACCUGCUAUCUAGCAUACUCGCAGACAUUCGGAGCAACGACCCCAAUGUGCCGAAGCCCACGCCCGGCACACCUACCGGUGCUACUAGAACCGACACGGGUGCGCCGCAGGGACAGCAGCAACAGCAAGAGGCAAACGGUAGUAGCAGGUCCGCAUCCAUGGCCUUUGCCAGUACCGUCAACUCUCAGGCAGCCUCUAUACGGUGGUUCGACGACAACCAGCUCAAGAAUGACAUUGAGCUACAGCAGUCUCUCAUGAGAAAGGAUAAGAGCCUUCACAGAACCUAUAUGGAAGCCAUGUCGACAAAACCGGAUAGCAUAUCAGGAGCUGCUUUCAACUCGCAGUUCUGGUCCACAAGAACGAACAUGUUGCGCUCCCACGCCAUCGAGACGAACCAGAAAAAGGGCGCCUACAACGUCUUGUCCACCGUCAAGCCGCGCACCGUCGACGGCGAGCUCAAGCUCAGCAUCACCAUCGAGCAGGUGCAGAUGAUAUUUUCACAGCACCCGCUUGUCAAGCGCAUCUACAACGAGAACGUUCCCAAGCUAUCCGAGGCCCAGUUCUGGUCGCGCUUCUUCCUCAGUCGCCUGUCCAAGAAGCUCCGUGGUGAGCGCGUCGCUGACAAUGACCCGCCUGACCCCCUUUUUGACAAGUACGAUGCCAGCGAGAACACCCAGGGUUUCCAGAGUCGAAUCAUGGCCCAGAGCGUGCCACACAUGAUCGACAUCGAGGCCAACGAAGAGAAUCAAGGCGGAUUCAAGAGUGGCAAUGCCAAGGACAUCGAGAUGCGCCCCCGCGCCAACAUCCCUAUUGUCAAGACGCUCAACAGCCUCAGUGAGCGUAUUAUGACCAACGUCGCACCUUCAGACGCCCACGGCGGUGGUGCUGGUGACGAUUCCGACCUCUUUCGAGAGCUUGCACUACGCGAUCUCCGAGAGGAGGAACGCGAGCAGCGCAUCAUCCUCAAUGUCAAAGAGCAGAACAAGUUCUUCUCGAAGCGCGACGCAGCACCAUCAGCCAACGCACGUCUAUUUGCGCAACAGAAGCCAGACGAUGUACUAUUCGAGAUUCAAGGCGACCUAGAAACACUCGAGGAAGAUGGCGGAGGCGGGAUAGAUCUUCAUGCAGGUAUUGGCUUCGACGACGAGAGCGAGAGCGACGACGACCAAGAUGACGGGAACAGUAAGAAGAAGCGUGCGCACGUGGGGUCGCGGUCCGUCCUGCGGGCCGCAGACAGGGACAUCAUGGACGGGAUACGGCAGCAGCGAUCACAGCAAUAUGGACAGGAUAGUGACGCGACGACACCCAUGGGCCUAUCGCAAGGCGUGGCGGACAAGUGCGGACUCACUCACGCCACGACGGUUGAGUUCCUACACCAGUUCUGGGCAGCUUUCCUGUCUGGCGACGCCGACCGCGCCGCCGAGCUGCAGUACCUAGCCGAGUCGCUGACCAAGUCGGCGGAGCGCGUCAAUGCCGUGGCCGACGAGGCAGAGGCCGACCGUUCCGAGACCAUUGCCAGUCGCAAAAAGGAGAUCAGAGCACACUACGAGCGCACAGGUAAGAAGAUUCGCUGGAAGGCAGAUAUGGUCGGCGGGGGGCGCGACGCCGUCGUCAAGCUCAUGCAGCCCAUUCUCGAUGCGAUUGAAAAGGCUCGCGCAGACUAUGCACGUGCUCUGGCGGCCGAAGGUGUUAAGGUGUCUACGGAGCAGGUUUAA